AUGUCAGAAAAAUCAAUCAAGUCGGAUGAUUCAAAAGGGCCCUCUAAACCAACAUUGAAUGUCUUUGCACAACCUCAUUUCAGAUCAAAAUCAAAUACUACACGUUUACCUUUCAAAGAUUUUCAAAAAAAUGUUCCAGGUUCAAAUUUACAGUCAUCCAGUGAUCCAUCACCAAAAUCAAUUUUCCAGACAGACAAUAACAAUUCUUCUUCAGAUACUUCAUUAUUUUCGAAAAUAUUUUCAACAAAACAAAACAAUUCAGAAGCGGAAUUAGUAGAAUGUAUAAAUGAAGAAAACCCUACUCAAGAAAUUCCAACGAAUGGUGAAUCAGUUGCGCUACCUGAAUUAAAUUCAAUAUGUCCUUCCCAACCAGAUGAAGAGUCGCCUAUACAAUCAGGCUCUAUUCAUACGAAAGAUUUGCAAAGUCUACAAACAGAUGUGGAUAUUAAUGACUGUAGUAUUGAAUCACAUAUAAUACAAAAUUCUCAAGAUGUUGAUCCGUCAUUGAACGAUGAUCAAAAUUCUUCAUCAGAAGGUUUACCUUGCCUACGUAGUCAGUCUGAUCUAUCAUCAAAGGCAUUUUCAAUUAAUGAAUGCGUACCUGUUAAUGCGCCUACUUCGAGUUCCAUAAAACCUUGCUCUCAAAUUACUUCAAAGAAUCUGAAAAAUAAUUCAAAUAUUGAUGAGCUUCAUGUGGAAAAGGAGGGAGAUGAUUUGAGCAUCAUUAUUGAGGUUGCUCACAAAUGGAAAAACGAGGUUUCUAGAAAGGAUUAUUUAAUCAAAGAAUUGCAUGAUGAGAUUCACGGGUUAAAAAAAACUGUUGAACAGCGCGAUUAUUCUUUGUCUUUAUAUAUAGAGCGUAUGUCCAUUGUAGAAGCGCUAAUAAAACGGCAGCAAACUUAUACUGAUCACAAUCGUGAGAGAAUUGAGAAAAUGAAAACAAAAUAUUACCUGUAUCGUAAUAGUUUAUCAAAUAUGUUAAAACGUAUGGAAGAAGUACGAGAUGAAAAGAGUCUAAUCGAAAGUGAAAUCGGAUCUUUAAAAUGUGAAUUCAAUAAACUCGCUGCACUACACAAAUCUAUUUCUGAAAGUCAUGCCUCUAAUUUUCAGUCACAACAAUCUCAAAUCGCCCAAAUUACCGAUCUAAAUACCCGUCUCACUGAAGCUAAUGCACAACUUAAUAACGUCAUCGCACAACUUCGUCAAUUAAUACAAGAUUCGGACGCCAAGUCUUCAUGUUGUGCAGCUGAGCUUGAAUCUACGCGCGAAAAAUUGCAGGUAUUGUUAUGUGAACGUGACACAGAAAGAAUAACGCAUAUGAACAAAUGCAAGGAUCUAGAGUCUUUGUUAAAACUUUCCGAGGACAAAAAUAAAGCUUUGACGACAAAUCAAAAAGAAAAUGAAGAAAGAAUUGCUGUACUUACAAAGGAUAUUCAGCAAAUCCGACAAGAACUAGAAUCAACUCAAGCAGAAAUGAUACAACUUAAUUUGGCCGUCACUGAUAAGGAUCAACGAAUAUCGUCUUUAUUGAUAUCAGAAACAGAAUGUGAACGUCUUCAACAAGAGCUCGGUCAAACCAAGAUUAACAUGAAGAAUGACUUUGAUUUGCUCCAAAAAGAAUUGGAAGCCACUCGUGCCCAGCAAAUUGUAGAACGUCAACGACUUGAAACUGAAUUUCACGAUGAACACCGUCGUUUGCAAGCUCAGUUCCAUAAAGAACGUUGUCAACUGGAAUCAGAAUGGCGUAAUGAACGUAAUCAAUUGGAAUCAGAGUGGCGUAAUGAACGCAUUCAACUGGAAUCUGAGUGCCGGCGUCUAGAAUCUGAUUAUCGUGACGAGCGAUCUGAACGCUUUCGUGUUGAGAAUGACCUGCGUAAUUCGGAACGAAAAUUGGAGGAAAUGCGUCAAGAGAUUGAUAACAGCAAGCUAAAAAUUGCCCAGUUAGAAUUUCAUUUAAGUGAAGUUGAAUAUAAACAUACAAACCGCACAUCCGUGGCUAUCGGAACAACUGAUAUUCCGGAUCUUGAUCUUCAAAUACAAUAUAAUAAAGCAAUAUGCAAAUUUGACAAAGAACAGUCUGGCAGAGAAACAAAAAUAGAAGAGUUGUCUAAGACUGUAGAGACUUGGAAGUCUAAAGCAGAGUCACUUGAAUCACAUUUAAGUUUAAUUUCCACAAAACACGAGGAAUUACAGAAUGAACAUAACAAAAUUGUCGAAGAAAUUAUUAAUGUUAAUCGUCAGCAUAAUGAGGCCAUUGAUCAAGCCCUCAGUCGUGCUGCUUGUUAUUACCAGGAGAUGGCCAAAAGGACAACAGUUGAACAUGAAAAUGAUAUUCGCAAACGAGAUUGUAAAAUUCGCGAAGCUGAGGCAAAAGAAUUAGCAUUGACUGAAGAAAUUAAAACCAUGAAAGCUAAACUUCUUCAAUCGGAGUCAAAUGAGAAAUCUUUAAUGCAGCAACUACGGUUGAGAAAAGGAUGCAAUGUUUCUAUUACUGGAAAUACAUCUCCGGUGAGUCAUGAACAUAGAGAGUUUGAAUCAAGCAUCAAUGAAGUAUCAUAUGAGACAUUAUUAGACACAAAGAAUGAAGAAAUCUACACAGUAGAUAGUGCGAUAAAAGCUGAACCUAAUGAUGAAUUACAAUCGGAACUUUCUCAUGAUUGGUUAUCACCAAAUGCACAAACCCGGUCUAAAAGACGGAAGGCAAGUAUUGGUCGUCCCAGCAAUACCGACGGUUCUCAAUAUGCAAUACGAUCAUCAGCCCCUUCGACACCCAGUUCAUCGGGUACCGGUGCAUUAAAAGAUAAGAAAUCAACGCAGCCAAGUACGCGAAAUAACAGACUUAAACCUAAACAAGACCGCCGCUCUGUUCCUUCGUGA